AGGUGGAGACGUGUAGUCAUUGCACCUAGACAAGUAUUAGAAUUGAAGUUGAUAUUUCUUUGAUCUGCUCAUUACUUCAAUCACCUUCUUCCCUUCUUAACUCGCCAACCUCUUUCCCUUAACCUGCAAAUUUUAGGCUGCAAUCAUAUAUACGAUGGGCCUGAAAAGCUUUGAACAGUCGUCAUCAUCUUCGAUCAUGACGGAUCUCCUCCGCCGGUGCGGUGGCUACGCCGUCAUAGACGGCGGCCUGGCGACGGAGCUCGAGCGACAUGGCGCCGACCUGGAUGACCCUCUUUGGAGUGCCAAAUGCCUUCUCAGCUCUCCUCACCUCAUUCGAAGGGUGCACUUGGAUUACCUUGAAGCUGGUGCAAACAUCAUAAUAUCUGCAUCUUAUCAGGCUACCCUCCAAGGAUUUGAAGCCAAGGGCUUAUCGAGGGAAGAAGGAGAAUCCUUAUUGAAACGAAGCGUGCAAAUCGCAUGUGAGGCACGGGACAUUUAUAAUGACAGAGCCACCAAAGGUUGUUGGGACAUUAUUAAUGGAGAUGAAACAAGCACAAAGCAACGGCCAAUCUUAGUUGCUGCCUCUGUUGGGAGUUAUGGAGCUUAUUUGGCCGAUGGUUCUGAAUACAGUGGGAUGUACGGGGAUACCGUCACCAUUGAGACCUUGAAGAAUUUUCACCGGAGAAGAGUUCAAAUUCUAGCGGAUUCUGGAGCUGAUCUCAUAGCAUUUGAGACAAUCCCAAACAAAUUGGAAGCCCAGGCCUAUGCCCAACUUCUUGAGGAAGAAAGCAUCAAAGUUCCAGGCUGGUUUUCCUUCAAUUCUAAGGAUGGGGCAAACGUAGUGAGUGGAGAUUCAAUAGAAGAAUGCGCUUCAAUUGCGGAUUCAUGUUCGCAAGUUGUGAGUGUUGGAAUCAAUUGCACUCCUCCCAGAUAUAUUCAUGGACUGGUACAAGCAAUCCAAAAGGUGACGAGCAAGCCUAUACUUGUGUAUCCCAACAGCGGCGAGACUUAUGAUCCGGAGAGGAAGUUGUGGGUGGAGGCGUCCAGUAGGGGCGUUGGAGAUGGAGAUGGAGAUGGAGAGUUUGUGUGGUAUGUAGGGAAAUGGUGCGAGGUUGGUGCUUCGCUGGUGGGAGGCUGCUGUAGGACAACUCCUAACACCAUCAGAGCCAUUUCCAAGCUUCUCUCCACCAACUCAUCUUCCAUCUCUCGCUUAGAAUGAAUUGAAGCACCACCUAUACUAGCUUCUUCACUCAAUAUAAUGCUUAUCUAUUUGCCUUCUGCCACUGAAUAUCUAUCUGAUGUUAAUAGUAAUAAUAAUGAUAAUAAUAAUGUACAGUUAUGUUUCAUAUAUGAUAUUCAUGUCCGGCCAGUUACUAUAUAUGAAAUAUCUCUA